AUUAUGUUUAUCAUUAGCACUGAAGAUGGACGGAGCGGUGAUGGUUUAGCGCGGCGGUCAGCCGCGGCCGAGCGUGGGAUGUUACGCUGGACGGUGCACCUGGAGGGCGGCCCGCGGAGGGUCAACCACGCGGCGGUGGCGGUCGGACACAAGGUGUACUCGUUCGGAGGAUACUGCUCCGGAGAAGACUACGAGACCCUGAGACAGAUCGACGUGCACGUCUUCAACACCGAGUCUCUGCGCUGGACGAAGCUGCCGCCGGUGCGCACCGGAGGACGGGAGCACGCUCGGGAGGUGCCCUACAUGCGCUACGGACACACGGCGGUGCUGGUGGAGGAGACGGUGCUGAUCUGGGGCGGCCGGAACGACACCGAGGGCGCGUGUAACGUGCUGUAUGCCUUUGAUGUCAGUAGGUGUCCGCAGACAAACCACAUGCUUCAGUGUAAUGCUGCGGGUGCCAGAGACGGACACUCAGCCUGUGUUCUGGGAAAGGCCAUGUACAUCUUCGGUGGAUACGAGCAGCUGGCCGACUGCUUCUCCAAUGAGAUUCACAAGCUGGACACCAGCAGCAUGUGCUGGUCACUAGUGAGCGUUCGGGGCACUCCAGCUCGAUGGAGAGACUUCCACUCUGCUACUAUCAUCGGCACCAAGAUGUUUGUGUUUGGAGGAAGAGCGGAUCGAUUCGGCCCCUUCCACUCCAACAACGAGAUCUACUGCAAUAAAAUCAAGAUCUUCGACACGGAGACAAACUGCUGGCUAAACACGGCAUCUGCGCAGCUGCUGCCCGAGGGACGCAGGAGCCAUUCUGCCUUUGCUCACAAUGGAGAAUUGUACAUAUUCGGUGGUUAUAAUGCUCGUCUGGAUCGACACUUCAACGACCUCUGGAAGUUCAAUCCAGAGGCGUUCUCCUGGAAGAAGCUGGAGCCGAAGGGCAAAGGCCCGUGUCCCAGACGGAGACAGUGCUGCUGCAUGCUGGGAGAUCGCAUCGUCCUCUUCGGAGGAACCAGUCCGUGUCCGGAGCAGGGGAUGGGUGAUGAGUUCAACCUCAUGGACCAUUCGGACCUGUACCUCCUGGACUUCAGUCCUAAUCUGAAGACUUUAUGCAAGCUAGCAGUUAUUCGGUACAGUCUGGAGCAGUCUGGACUCCCUCAUGACAUCAGGUGGGAGCUGACAGCCAUGACCACCAACAGUAACAUCAGCCGGCCCAUAUUCUCCUCCCACGGCUGACGGCGCGUCAGAACCAGCGCCAGAACUCUUUCAGGACGUCCCGCUCCACAGAUGAUCCGGAUUGAAGCUUCUCGAUUGGAGAGGUCUUUCCCUGCCGGGCUUUGGCGCGGACGAGCGGCGCUUUGCUAGUCUGAUUUUGCCACGGUUGAACUUGAUUCCUGCUGAGGAGAAACAGACCUUCACACUCUUAAAUCAGUUCAAUUAUUCAUCGGUGUUACAGUGUUUUAAUGAGGUUUUGGAGUGAAAUGAAGAUCAUUCAGCCUGUAAUCUGUCAGUUCUCUGCUUGUGUGUUCAGAUCGCUCCGUCGGGUUUAUAUGCAGGACUCUGUUAGGGUUCCACACGUGCUCUUACAUAUCGAACGCAGAGAUGAUGUUCAGAGAAGAGGAGACGUGUCUUGAGUUCCUCUUCUUUUAACUCGACUGGUUUUCUGUUUACCCACAGUGCUUCUGACAAUAAAACCUGACUCAACAAUCAAUAGAAACGGAGAUAUUCCCUCUGCAUGCGUUGUCCUGUUAAAUCACAUUCAGCAGAUCUGCUGGCUGACAGUAAAUACUCUGUCUUAGAUCUCAAAGAGUGGGAAGAAGGUAAUGAUGUUAUAAGCUUUUCAUAAGGUCACACCGAAAGAUGUUUGACAUCGGUGCGAAUCAACACCGAUCAGAUAACCUGCCUCUGGUGUUUUCCAGCAAACGCGGCCGAAUCAUGUUGAAUUUUAUCUUUCACACACAGUCUGGAUUGCCAGAGAUGUAUUAAAAAUGAUCCAUUACUGCAGUUUUUUAGCAUCACUUUAUAUUUCAUCUGAAUCUUUACUGAUCUGCAGAAUAUUGAUAGAUACUGAGGUGAAGCUCAUGUAGAUGUCAGUAUUCGUGCGUCUGCCGGGUGACCAUGGCCUUUAUUUGAGUCCUGCGUCUCGUCCAGUGCCUGAUUUAUUGUUCAGAGCGUCAGAAGGUCUGGAAUCAAAGUGCUCAAAGUCUUCUGGGUUUUAAAGGAUUCUGGUCCAGAUGGAUUUGAAGCGUAUUAUUUAAGAUCGUGUCUGAAUAUCUGACAUUGAACUGUCAUAAUGAAUAUUGUGCAAACGGACCGCAUCAGAAAAUUCAACCGUCCUCAAUCGUUUUCCCUCAUUAUAAACCAUGAUUUGAUUAAACUGACUCGAAAUGAAACCAGGUGAAGCUCAAGUCUUUGUUUGGAUCAAAUGUGUUUUCGUACGGAUCUGUAGCUCAUGCAGACGGACGGUCAGGAGAAGAAAGAGGUGAUGUUUAGUGAUGUCUCCGUGAUGCUGUCAUGGUCUAACAGACACGUGCUAAUAUAGUCAUGUUGUCUAUGUAGUGAACGAGAGGAAGAGACUAUCGUUUGAGUCGUGUUGAGCUGCUGGUGUGUGAAGGAACCGACACUGAGCUGCAGACGUGAUUCCUGCAUGCUGGAUCAAUCUUUUCCACGACUUACUCGACUUGUAAACGGGUUUUUAGUGGGAUCUUGAACUUCCUGGACAAUAAAACUGACGAUAAUUGUGCUUAUUGUCUGCUUGAAUGUACCGUGUGAAGUGUUGUGUGUGUGAUAUAAAAAGCACAUUGAGAACUGUUUUCCUGAACACAAAUUUGAGAAGACGUGAUUAAAUAAAAAAAUAUUU